UCCCAAGUGGGAAACAAAACAGGAUUUCCCUCUAAAAUUACUGAAGCCCAACCUGAGCGGAUUCCUCUUGAAGAAAACGGCAGAGAUGCCCGGGAUGGUCAGUAAAAACCCAGACCUCGAAUUUGACUCCUUGCAGCCUUGCUUCUAUCCGGACGAAGACGAUUUUUAUUUGUGUGGUCCGGAUUCUGCUCCCCCAGGGGAGGACAUCUGGAAAAAGUUUGAGCUGCUGCCUACACCUCCCCUGUCUCCGAGUCCAGCAGGUCUGCAAGAGAACCCUCCGGGAGGGGCCCCCUUAGCAUGGGGAGCAGUGGCUCUAGGGGGGUUCCGAACCAACGACUCUCUGGACUGGGCUUCGGAAUUGCUGCUGCUGCCCCCGGAAGCUGACUUGUGGGGCAGCACAGACGGAGUAGAUUCCUUUGACACGGGCUUAGGAGAAAGCAGCAACCUCAACGCCAUCAUUAUCCAGGACUGUAUGUGGAGUGGCUUCUCAGCCCGGGAGAAACUAGAAAGGGCAGUCCAUGAGAAGCUGCAGAGCAAGGGAGGGGCGACUGCAGCUCCUGCUACAGCUGGCUCUGCCGCCACUGCCUCAGCCACCCCCAACGCCAGCACUGCAAACAACAGCAGCAGCCAGGGAGAGCUGAACAACUCGGUCUCAGAGUACGUAGACCCAGCGGUGGUUUUCCCUUUCCCCAUUAACAAGAGAGAGCUGGGGGCUGCCGCUCCCGCCUCAGCUGCAGGGGGAGUGGCCGGCAUCCGGGUGAACGUGACCGGCAACGGAGGGGCCGUGCAAGGGACAGUGGGCCCCCCUUCGCGCAGCGGACGCCACCCCAGUGUGGCCAGCGACAGCCGUGCCAACAGCAGUUCAGGGGACGACACUUUGAGCGAUUCUGAUGAUGACGAGGAAGAAGAGGAUGAGGAAGAAGAAAUCGAUGUGGUAACAGUGGAAAAGAGGCGCUCCUCUUCCAACAAACCUGUUACUACCCUGACUAUCACAGUUCGCUCUAAAAACAUGAGCCCCUUGGCCUCUGUGAGAACUCAACCAAAUGAAGUCAUCCUUAAGCGCUGUGCCCCCAUUCAUCAGCAACACAACUAUGCUGCACCUUCUCCAUACAUGGAAAGCGAAGAUGUGCCACCACAGAAAAAGCUAAAAAGUGAAGCACCCCGUCCAGUAAAACCCAUGACCCAACCAAAGCCGAAGAGUUUGAGUCCUCGAAACUCAGACUCAGAAGACAGCGAGCGUCGACGUAACCACAACAUCCUGGAACGCCAGCGACGUAAUGACCUGAGGUCAAGUUUCCUCACAUUAAGGGACCAUGUGCCAGAACUGGUGAAAAAUGAGAAAGCGGCAAAAGUUGUCAUUUUGAAAAAAGCCACUGAGUAUGUCCAUUCCUUACAGGCUGAGGAGCACAAGUUAUUGCUGGAAAAGGAAAAACUUCAAGUCCGGCAACAGCAGUUGAUAAAAAAAUUAGAACACAUGCAGACUUGCUAAUUCUUUCUUUUUUUUUUUUUUAAAAAAAGUAUUUUUGUUGUUUUUAAAUUGUCUGAUCGGGACAGCCACUGCCACUUUGCACAUUUUUGAUUCCUUAAAGAAAGUUGUGUUUUUGACGUUAAGAAUGUUGGUUUUUCUUUCAAAUCCAGUCUCUGAAGUCAGUGAUAAAACUCUUUAUAAUUUGGAUGGAGAGCAAACGGAUGUUCUUGUAUGGAGAUGUAAUAGACUGCCAAACAGUGACGGAAUGCGCUUGUACUUCCUUUUAGAACUACUAGACAUUCUUAAAUAUUGUGAGCGUUUGGGAGCUGCUUACAACAUUCAGUUGAGUUUGGAAACAUUAAUUCCUUUUAAAAUGGUGCUUAUGUUUUACCAGGUGUUAUGGGGCAAAAUCGAUUUUGUGCCCUUGUGGUGAGGAGGAAAGCCUGCCUCUGUAAAUACCAUAUAAACAAUUGCCUUUUGUACAUUGUCUUGGGUUACGAGAGGUUACUUUUGCUACCAAUAUUAGACUGGAAGUUCACACCUAAGUACUGUAAUACCUCAAUGUUUGAGGAGCAUGGUUUUGUAUACAAAUAUAUUGUUAAUCUCUGUUAUGUACUGUACUAAUUCUUACACUGCCUGUAUACUUUAGUAUGAUGCUGAUACAUAACUAAAUUUGAUACUUAUAUUUUCGUAUGAAAAUGGUUGUGGAAAGUUUUGAGUAGAUAUUACUUUAUCACUUUUUUGAACUAAGAAAACUUUUGUAAAGAAAUUUACUAUAUAUGCCUUUUUUUCCCCUAGCCUGUUUCUUCCAGUUAAUGUAUUUGUUAAUGUUUGUUGCAUAGAACUGGGUAAUUGCAAAAGUUCUGUGUUUAAUUUCUUCCAAUGAUGUACAUUUAGUGCUGCAUCUUUAUAGCACUUUGAAAUACCUCAUGUUUAUUAAAUAAAUAGCAAUUAAAUGAUGUGCAA